UUAUAUUCUUUAAAUGUACGUUUCAACUCCUGUUAUCCUUAAUUAAAUUUAGAUGUGAACAAAUUCACAACAUUUGUGUCUUAGUUUAAUUUAUAACCAAGUAAUCAAUCAAAGCCGGCUUCUCAUAGCCAGCCCACAGAAUCCAGAAAUCCCCUGAUCUCGCCUCUGCUCUCAGGACAGAGCCUUUUGUGUGCACAGUUCUCACAAAUUAAAGAACUUGACUAACUUGAAGAAGAGAUAAUAAACCCUCUCCCCUAAAGGCGACUGUUCAUUUGAAAACACUCUUCGGAGAUGUUUUUAAGCCGCGCCGACUCUAAUGGGGGCAGGGAGAAGAGCUGUGCCCAAAUGCACCGGACUAUCUCCGGGGGCUUAUCACCCGGAGAUGCCUCCAGUGGAGCUGACAAAUCUCUGAAGUGGGAAUGAGUGAGAUUUCCCUGCACAGGGCCUCUGUGUGUGAGGGAAGCAGGGGGUGGGCAAGGGCCAUCAGGGGAGAAGCCUCCGGCCUUUCCCCAUCUCUCAACACCAGCCCUCCCCGGCCUCCCCCUUCCCCAAUCCUCAGCUAGCCGCAGGAGAGGGGCCCCGGAGGCUGGCUGGGCUGGAAGGCUCGGCCUUUGUGGCUCUGUCACCGACGGUGGCGCGGAGGCAGAAGGGGAGGGGACGCGGGAUGUAGACCCUCAGUCGGGGCUUGACCCCCAGGUGCAUUGUCCGGCGGGGCCCGUCCCCUCCCCCCCAGAGCCCCGACCCGGCCGCCCCCGGCCCCCUCCCAGCGUCUCCCUCCGCCGGCCGCGCCAACCUCCUGGUCCCAGACCAGGGGCCAGAUGUAGAAAGUAGUCCCAGGCCGGCGGCCGCGGCGCUGUCCACUCCGCCGCCCCCGCCCUCUGCAGCCGCCGCCUCACUCCGCCCCUAGCCGGACUCUCAGGCCCCCAGCUUCUCGCGAGCGGCCGUCCGAGCACCGGCCUUGCUGCCGCAGAGACCCGCGUCGCGCCUCGCCACGCCGGUGCCGCAGCCGGAGCGGGGAGCCGGGCUGCGUGCGUCCAGCCGCCGAGCGGCGAGCGCCCGGGGCGAGGGCGGCAGGCGGACAGCGGCUCGGGGCGGCCGGGGAGCAUGCCCGCGCGGCUCCGCUGAAUGGCGCCUCCUUUGCGACCCCUCGCCCGGCUGCGGCCGCCGGGGAUGCUGCUCCGUGCGCUCCUGCUUCUGCUGCUGCUCAGCCCCGUGCCAGGAGUGUGGUGCUUUAGCGAACUGUUUUUUGUAAAAGAACCACAGGAUGUAACUGUCACAAGAAAGGACCCAGUCGUUUUAGAUUGCCAGGCUCACGGAGAAGUUCCUAUUAAGGUCACAUGGUUGAAAAACGGAGCAAAAGUGUCUGAAAAUAAAAGAAUCGAGGUUCUUUCUAACGGCUCUUUAUACAUCAGCGAGGUGGAAGGCAGACGAGGAGAGCAGUCCGAUGAAGGAUUUUAUCAGUGUUUGGCAGUGAACAAAUAUGGAGCCAUUCUUAGUCAAAAAGCUCAUCUUACCUUAUCAACUAUUUCUGCAUUUGAAGUUCAGCCAGUUUCUACUGAAGUCCAUGAAGGUGGAGUUGCUCGAUUUGCAUGCAAGAUUUCAUCCAACCCUCCUGCAGUCAUAACAUGGGAGUUCAAUCGGACAACUCUGCCUAUGACUGUGGACAGGAUAACUACCCUACCAACAGGAGUACUGCAGAUCUAUGAUGUUGACCAGAUGGAUUCUGGGAAUUAUCGCUGUGUUGCUGCCACUGUAGCUCACCGACGUAAAAGUAUGGAGGCCUCACUAACUGUGAUUCCAGCUAAAGAGUCUAAAUCCUUCCACACACCAACCAUUAUAGCAGGUCCACAAAACGUAACAACGUCUCUUCAUCAGACUGUAGUUUUGGAAUGCAUGGCCACAGGAAAUCCCAAACCAAUCAUUUCUUGGAGCCGUCUUGAUCACAAAUCCAUUGAUGUCUUUAAUUCUCGGGUACUUGGAAAUAGUAAUCUUAUGAUAUCUGAUAUCAAGCUACAACAUGCUGGAGUAUAUGUUUGUCGGGCCACUACCCCUGGAACACGUAACUUUACAGUUGCUAUGGCAACUUUAACUGUAUUAGCUCCUCCUUCAUUUGUUGAAUGGCCAGAAAGUUUAACAAGACCUCGAGCUGGCACUGCUCGAUUUGUGUGUCAGGCGGAAGGAAUCCCCUCUCCCAAGAUGUCAUGGCUGAAAAAUGGAAGGAAGAUACAUUCAAAUGGUAGAAUUAAAAUGUACAACAGCAAAUUGGUAAUUAACCAGAUUAUUCCCGAAGAUGAUGGUAUUUAUCAGUGCAUGGCUGAGAAUAGCCAAGGAUCUAUUUUAUCUAGAGCCAGACUGACUGUAGUGAUGUCAGAAGACAGACCCAGUGCUCCCUAUAAUGUGCAUGCUGAAACCAUGUCAAGCUCAGCCAUCCUUUUAGCUUGGGAGAGGCCACUUUAUAAUUCAGACAAAGUCAUCGCCUAUUCUGUACACUACAUGAAAGCAGAAGGUUUAAAUAAUGAAGAGUAUCAAGUAGUCCUUGGAAAUGACACAACUCAUUAUAUUAUUGAUGACUUAGAGCCUGCCAGCAAUUAUACUUUCUACAUUGUGGCAUAUAUGCCAUUGGGAGCCAGCCAGAUGUCUGACCAUGUGACACAGAAUACUCUAGAGGAUGUUCCCCUGAGACCUCCUGAAAUUAGUUUGACAAGUCGAAGUCCCACUGAUAUUCUCAUCUCCUGGCUGCCAAUCCCAGCCAAAUAUCGGCGGGGCCAAGUAGUGCUGUAUCGCUUGUCUUUCCGCCUAAGUACUGAGAAUUCCAUCCAAGUUCUGGAGCUCCCAGGGACCACGCAUGAGUACCUUUUGGAAGGCCUGAAACCUGACAGUGUCUACCUGGUUCGGAUUACUGCUGCCACCAGAGUGGGGUUGGGAGAGUCAUCAGUAUGGACUUCACAUAAGACACCUAAAGCUACAAGUGUGAAAGCCCCUAAGUCUCCAGAGUUGCAUUUGGAGCCUCUGAACUGUACCACCAUUUCUGUGAAGUGGCAGCAAGAUGUGGAGGACACAGCUGCCAUUCUGGGCUACAAGCUGUACUACAAGGAAGAAGGGCAGCAGGAGAAUGGGCCCAUUUUCUUGGAUACCAGGGACCUACUCUAUACUCUCAGUGGUUUAGACCCCAGAAGAAAAUAUCAUGUGAGGCUCUUGGCUUACAACAACAUAGAAGACGGCUAUCAGGCAGAUCAGACCGUCAGCACUCCAGGAUGUGUGUCUGUUCGUGAUCGCAUGGUCCCUCCUCCACCGCCACCCCACAAUCUCUAUGCAAGGGCUAACACCUCAUCUUCCAUCUUCCUACACUGGAGGAGGCCUGCAUUCACCACUGCACAAAUCAUUAACUACACCGUCCGCUGUAAUCCCGUUGGCCUGCAGAAUGCUUCUUUGGUUCUGUACCUUCAAACAUCAGAAACUCACAUGUUGGUUCAAGGUCUAGAACCAAACACCAAGUAUGAAUUUGCUGUUCGAUUACACGUGGAUCAGCUUUCCAGUCCCUGGAGCCCUGUAGUCUACCGUUCUACUCUUCUAGAAGCACCAGCAGGUCCACCAGUUGGAGUAAAAGUGACAUUGAUAGAGGAUGACACCGCCCUGGUUUCUUGGAAACCCCCUGAUGGCCCAGAGACAGUUGUGACUCGCUAUACUAUCUUGUAUGCAUCCAGGAAGGCCUGGAUUGCAGGAGAGUGGCAGGUCCUACACCGUGAAGGAGCAAUAACCAUGGCUUUGCUGGAAAACUUGGUAGCAGGAAAUGUGUACAUUGUCAAGAUAUCUGCAUCCAAUGAGGUGGGAGAAGGACCCUUUUCAAAUUCUGUGGAGCUGGCAGUACUUCCAAAGGAAACCUCUGAAUCAAAUCAGAGGCCCAAGCGUUUAAAUGCUGCAGAUGCCAAAGUUUAUUCAGGAUAUUACCAUCUGGACCAAAAAUCAAUGACUGGCAUUGCUGUAGGUGUUGGCAUAGCCUUGACCUGCAUCCUCAUCUGUGUUCUCAUCUUAAUAUACCGAAGUAAAGCCAGGAAAUCAUCUGCUUCAAAGACGGCACAGAAUGGAGCUCAACAGUUACCUCGUACCAGUGCCUCCUUAGCUGGUGGAAAUGUGGGAAAGAAGCUGGAAGGAGUUGGAGGAAAUGAAGAAUCUUUAAUGCCAAUGAUCAUGCCAAACAGCUUCAUUGAUGCAAAGGGAGGAACUGACCUGAUAAUUAAUAGCUAUGGUCCUAUAAUUAAAAACAACUCUAAGAAAAAAUGGUUUUUCUUCCAAGAUUCAAAGAAGAUACAAGCUCAGCAGCCUCAAAGAAGAUUUACUCCAGCUGUCUGCUUUUACCAGCCAGGCACUACUGUACUAAUCAGUGAUGAAGACUCCCCCAGCUCCCCAGGGCAGACAACCAACUUCUCAAGACCCUUUGGUGUUGCACCUGAUACAGAACAUUCAGCAAAUAGCGAAGGAAGCCACGAGACUGGGGAUUCUGGACGGUUCUCUCAUGAGUCCAAUGAUGAGAUACAUCUGUCCUCAGUUAUAAGUACCACUCCCCCUGACCUUUGAUUCUUUCACGGGCAGUGAUUCAGGUGGAGAUUCCACCAUGAGGAAGUGUGAAGACCCUGCCGUGUCAUCCAUUACUGAGCAGACUUCCUCUUCAGUUCUGCAGUUGCCAUCUGCCAUGCGAUGCUUUGAUAAAAACAAUUUUCCAAUCUAGAUGGCCACACUCAGGUAUUCUCACCAGUAAGUCUGUUCAAAGGACAAUGAACAGGGAGCCAAAGCCUUUCGUGAAAAUCUUGAUAUCUUUAUGGGAUAUUUCACCUUUUUUGAAUGUGUUUUUUUAUUUUUAAACUUGUGUAAUUUGAAUGUUUCAUUGUCAGCAAUGUGAAAGAACAGUCAAGAUGUUUGACUGUAUUAAAAAUAUAUCACUGGAGCAAAGGGAAGACUUCUGAAAGCCCCUUUGCUGGCUAUCUACCUCAGUUUGCCCCCCGGCAAACUCUGAAGACAACUUUGUUACCUCAUUUGUUGUUAUAGUUUAUCUCAGCUAUAUAACCAAUGAUACUUCCUAGUAGUAUUGUAUUUUCAUUGCUGUAUGUGUAAUGUGUGUGAUCAAAGGAGUCAUAUAGGUAGAUGAGUAAGCAUGUUUAUCUGAAGCUCUGAUUUUUAAAAAAAAAACUGCGACAUCUGCAUGGUUUGGAUAAGUUCAUACCUCUGGCUGUGAGGACUGUUAAAACACUGAGAAAAGGAAAAGUGGGACUGUUUAACGAAUGACCAAACCAAGAAGGUAUAUUUCUUUUAAGAACAGAACUAUUCAGUAGCAGACAGGGAUCUUUUUGCUUAAAAGGCCUUUAUAUUUUGGACACUGGAGUCUGCAUGCUUUAUCUCCUAUGUUCCAAACCUCAACCUGCCUGGAACCGUGCCUUUUCUGUCUUCCUGUUUGCCUGACAGUUGGCCAAAGGCUGCACUGUCUAGUUUGCAAAGCAUCCUCAACUUUGCCAGUAUUAGUUGCAAAACCCCAUGCAGAAAAUGGAUUUUUAAAGAAAAUGGGUUAAGGUUUUUUUUCUUUUCUUUUUUUUAUCCCAGUUUGGCUUAAAGGAGUGAGGAAAUUUCUUAAACUAUUAUGAAUGAAGAUGAAUGCAACAGUAGACCGUGAAAUGACCUUGAAGUUAUUAUGGUAACAGUGCCUUUCAGUAUAUAUUAUGAAAUUCUUUGCCUUAUACCUUUUUAAUAUUCAUGAAAUUGUUUAGUACAGGAGUACAAAAAGUUGCCUUAAGAAUUUCUUGGAUUUUAUCAAUAACUACUUUGAUGUAUAGUAUCUUACCGAGGCUUUUUUUUUUAAGUGCAGGUUUUGUUUAGGGAUAAAUAUUCAGAGCUUUACCACCUUACUUGUGUUUUCUUGAAUUCUUAAGAGAAUUUGUUAUCUACUUAAUCUUCCUUCAGUGUCAAUGCUGUGAAUGAGGAAUGCUAACUCUAGGAGUGAGUUAAUCCUCUUGCUGGUUUGAAAUCAGCAAAUUGUUUACUCAGCUACAUAACAUAGGCAUUUUCUCAGUCGUGAGACAGUUACCUAGGUGCCCAGCGGUGGGAGAGGAUAAAUAAGUAAACACGGGUAGGGAAGGGGUCCCAUAUCCUUUUAAAAGUAUUUUUUCAAAUUUUCCAGAAGUGACUUUUGAGUCUCAUUUUAAGAGGAAUCUUAAUGGGUUUACACUUGAAAUGCUUUGUUCAUAGAGAGGGCAGGGUCAUGUUAACUGAUGUUCUAAAAUAAAGAGAAAAUGAGUGGAUAAUAGUCCCAGCAUCAUCUGCUAGUCCAAUGACUAUAGACAUAACAUUUUAAGAUCUCUAAUUGUGUGCCAAACUGGAUGUGAUCAAUACUAAUGUUCAGUGCCAGCAGCCACUUCUGGGCUAAAUUCAAAGUCCCCCAGUGAGUUAUCUAAGUACGGAAUUCAUCGCAAAACAAAAAAGCAGAGCUUUAGGUGAACAGUCUGCAGCAAGGAAAAUGCUGCUCCUGCCUUUAUAGCUCCUGUUUUAUACUACCUCCUUUAAAAUUAUUCUAGUGUUAUUUUUUUUCCUGUACUCAGGGAACAUUUUGUUACUUUUGAGCUGCCUCAUGGAAGCAUGGGCACAAUGACAGGGUAUGGCGCUUUUUGGUUCGUAAGUAGAAGUAUGUAGGGCCAACUUUUAUCAGUAUCUAAAAUUAAGAAGUACAAUGAGAUCAUUUUAUUUUUAAGCUUUCAUUAAAAGGCAAACAAAAUCUAAAGCUGAAACAUCUUCUGUCAUGAUUAUGGAAGAUGUGUCUAGGACUACAUGAAUUUAAAUAGUUUUAAAUGGCUAAAAAGAUGAGCUAAAGUCCUUGAGGAAAGUGUUUUGUUUGUUUGGUUUUUGAUGAAUAGGCUCAUAGUUAUAUUAAAACUUUAGGCUAUAACUAUUUGAUAAUUAUUUACCAGUACAUUUUUUACCUUUUCAUUUUGUUCUUAUACGGACUUUUUCAUAAGAAUCCUGUUACCAAAGAAUUUUCAGUAGAAAGUAAAUUUUUGAUUAUAAUUCCCUCCAAAUUGAAUUAACUAGAAACAUUUAUAGAUGUGAAGCUUACACAAGUAGUUACUAACCCAAAACAAUAGGGUUUGUAUUGAUUGUUGUAGUAAAAUAGAUAGUAAUGUUAACUACCUGAUUGUUACAAGAGCAUUUAAGUUAUAAUACUUAUCUUUACCAGCAGAUCGUUCCAAAGAAUUUCAGGUAUAAUUUUUUCUUCAGCGAGUAAAUCUUCAAUUUUACAGUAUUAAAGUAUUUUUAUAUUGUUGAAACUACUUGUUGGAGAGAAAAAUUUUUUUUCAACAAAAGCAAAUACUUUGAUCUCGUUGACUAAGAUAUUUAGUGAUACAGCAAAGACUUCUUUUAACUUGACCAAAGCAAGCUUCUUUGAAGUCUUAAGUAUGAAAUUGUAAUUAAAAUGUGAAGGUUUUCACUCACCUUUCAUAGUGGUACUUCAUGGUAUUUUACUUUAAAGGGGCUGAUAUGCAAAUGGUAACUAUUUUCUUUUCCAAAGAUUUAUUUGCUGUGAGUACUGAUACAUGCAUGUCAUUUUUAUGCCAAAUAUUACAAGAUACUGCUCAUCAGUAUUUUCAUACCAAAGACCAUUAAAAUAUAUAGGUUAGCCUGUAAGUAAGUAAGAUGAGCAGUUUUGAAAUAAAUUUAUUUAGAGGCUAAUAGAGAAUCUAGCUUUAGUAGCAAAAGAUAUCAAAAGGCUAAGUUUACAUAAUUAAAAGCAAUACAAUUGUAUUGGUAUUUAUCAGUGUUUUUAUUCAACUACUUUUUCUCAGCAAAUUAAAAAGAAAAAACCAAAGAUAUUUAAGGUUACCUCGGCAUAUAGGCAAAUUUAGUUGUACAUUAAACUGUUGUUUCUUGUUUUUAUGUUAAACCAAACAUGUCUCUUUAGAACCCAGUCUGUAUACAAAUAGCAUGCAUGGGGACUUUCCCUUUAAUCUGCUGAUUCAGCCACAUGAUGUUUUUGCCAAAUGAUGUGAUACUUUCCUAAGCACCAUGAGUGUGAAAUGUCAACAGAAAUAUCAGCAAGCUUUUCUGUUGUAGAGUGUUAUGGUACCUCUGAAUUAGCCUGUACAGUUCUCUUCCUGCUUUAAGCAUUACCUGUUAGCUCAGACAGCUUGAGGCAGUCCCUUAAUAACAGGGAUACUUUUCAUCUCUAAGGAUAUAACAGGCAAACAAAUCAUGUCACUCUCUAAUGGGCUAUGCUUUGAUAGAUGUACUCUUUAAAGUUGUUAGAUUGGAAUUUAGAGUUGUUAAAUGGAGAUGUUUCAUUGCAUCAAAGGAGCGCAGUUUUCAAACUUUAGUGGAACCUUGGGUGAAGGGAAAAAAAUUUUAAUAAAAUCUGGAGUUUUAUAUUUUUAUUUGCCUAAAAGUAAAAAUACAGCUAUACAGCUUUUUUCCAUUAAGUGACUUUUAAAAAUAAGUUUUGCCACACCAAAGAAAUUAGAUUUUUAGUGUAAAAUGCUAUACUUUGGUCUGUGCUUCAAACAAGAGCAAUGCCAACAUUGGGAACAGUGACAGGUAUUUACUUCAGUGUGUCUUGGCUUUGUAAAGGACCGCUGUCAGAAAUGUGCUCAUGGUUGACAACCCAGGAUCAUCGUUCAAGUCCUUUUGACGCCAUCUUUGAAAAUAAUUCAGAUCAUGUUACAAAAAGAUGGAAUUGAAAGUAUCAUUUAUUUUUUAAUGCAAGAAUACCCAGACGUGGUUCCACUUCAGCAGUGGCUAUAGCGGUUCACUUAUGUACAUUUCUGUUUCAUUGAGUAUACAUUUUGAAUGCUGACUGUAAAGAAAAGUUCCAGUUAUAUUGAAACAGUCAUUAUCUAAGACUAAACAUGUAUUUUGCAGACUUUGUUCCUGACCAUUUGCCACAUGGGUCUCUGAUAAAUUUCUGUUGGUUUCAUAGUGAAAAUAUUUUUUACAGUUUGUGAGCACAGAGUAGUGGGUUCUGGAGAUCACCAUAUACAACCAGUUGUCUAAUUGUGAUUUUCAUUGAUUAUUAGAAGAAUGUAACCAUAGAAUUCUGUGUUAAGUUGAUUUAUGCUCAGGACAUAAGAUCAUAGGCUAAUGCAAUGUGUCUGUUUCAGGCUUUAAUCUUCUCAGUUUCCCUUUUUAAGCCAUUGGUGGUGUUUAAGAUUAACAUGACAGUCUUGUAUUUUUACCAGAUACUGUAUUAUUUUUCCUAUUGCUGCUGUAACACAUUACCAUGAAGGUAGUGGCUUAAAAUAACACAUUUGUCUUAAGUUCUGCAGAUCAGAAGUCUAACACAGGUAUCACUGGGAUAAAAACCAAGGUGCUUGCAGGGCAGCUUCUUUUUGAGGCUUUAGGGGAAAAUCCAUUUCCUUUUCCAGCUUUUUAAGGCUGGGAACCCCUCCCUCCAUCUUCAAAGCCAGCUAUGUAGCAUCUCUCUGAUGCUCCUUCCAUUAUCAUUCUCUUUCUCUGACCCCAGCUGAUACAGGUUCUCCAGGUUCAAGGAUUCCAGUGAUCACAUUGAGCCCACAUAAAUAAUCCAAGAUAAUCUCUCCAUCUGAGGUUUCUUUUGCUAUGUUUGCUAACAUAUUCACUGGUUCCAGGGAUUUGAGCAUGGACUUCUGUAGGUGGCCACUAUUUUGCCUACAACAGAUAGAUUCUUUCUAUGCACUUCUGAUCCCUAAAAAAUGUCUGUAGCAUUAAAGAGAUUGGAAAUCUGAGGUCCCGUGCCCUUUGGGGAUCUUUAAAGUUUAAAAGCAUGAAACCUUUAACUUGUAGACUACCAAAAGUAUACACUAAACUUUCUCUCCAAAAUACUUGUGAAACAAGUUAGCUUUAAACUUUCUGAAGAUGUGCUUCGUAAAAUAACAUCUCAUGUUUAUCAGAAAGUGCCCUAAAUAUUUGCCUCUAACUUUGAGGAAUUUAUUCAGAAAAAAAUUGAAAACUCUUCUUAUAGUUGCGCUCUCUCCUUUUCUCUUCAAUGAUUAUGUUGCUGAGGAAGAGUUGGGGGAAGACCUGUGUUCUACAGGGACUCAGAAUGAUGAACAAGACCAUGCUCAAGUUUAUUUUUUGUUUUCUUUUAAAAACAUAUUCACAACAUGCAACCUUUCUGCCUUUAAAUCUGGUUUAUCUCUUCAGCUUCACUAAGCCACUAAAUGCUUUUCAGUUUUGUUAACCCUUGGUUUGCCCAGCCUCCUCAGCAAGAGCCUCUACUUAUGCCAUCAACAUGUAUAUACAUCUCCUAGGAUAUUUGAUCUUUCUUGUCAUUUUUCUUUGGUUCCAAUUGGCCGUUUCCUGAUUCUCUUUCUUUUUUUUAUUUUUUAUUUUUAUAUAUGUUUUUAAAGACGGGGUUUCACCAUGUUGGUCAGGCUGGUCUUGAACUCCUGACCUCAGGUGAUUCACCCACCUUGGCCUCCAAAGUGCUUGGAUUACAGGCAUGAGCCACCACGCCCGGCCUUUAUUCUUUCUUUCUUUUUGUUUUCUUUUUUUAAAAUUUUUGAUUAUCAAAGCUCUAGUUUCUUCUAAUUUCUGGAUCAUUGCAAGUCUGGCCCUCUUUCAACUUUAAAAGAUAAUGUCUAAUUCUACACCAAUUUUCAGCAUUUCUUCAACUAAAUAGAUAAAGCUGUCUUCAUUAUGGAACAAAGGCCAGGAUAAUACUCUGAGUAAGCAUAAGAGAAAUGGUCAUUUUACAACUUCUCCCCUCUCUCAUUUCAUGGAAAUAAUGAUGCCAUUUGUUGAGCAGCUACAGUGUGCAAGCACAUGGUUAAUCUCUGUAAACUGCUGCUUCAUUCUGCAAAGCAAAUAUCUCAUAUAAUGGAUUAGGAAAUAGAGGUUCGUGAUCUCUUACCAAAAGUCACAACUAGUGAGUGAUUUAGUCAAGAUACAAACCCUAAUUAGUUGGUUCUAUACUCCAAAGUUUAUAAGACUAUGAUACACUGUCUCAGCUAAAAAAAAAGAAGAAAAAAAGAUAUUUAAUUAUCCAGGGUCAUAGUGCCUUCCAUAAUAUGAUCAGAUACAACUUUUUUUCCCCUUGUAUCCACAAAGGUCAGGUUGUGUCAGAACAACCUUUCUACAGAGUAGUAACCAAUCAGAAAAGAGAAGAUUGCCUUAUUUAAAUCCACUUAUUCACAGGAGGAAUUUAAGCAGCUGUAACUCAUCCCUUAUCAUCUCCUAAUUUCUCUCUUCAAAACUUUCAAUUUCUCUCAGCUAAAGUUGUGUCUGAAGGCUGAUGUUUGUGCUUAGAGUUGCAUUACAAAUAAGGUAGGCAUAGUUUCUAGAAUCCUUUUCUAGUCAAGUGUUUCUUUAUUCGACAAGGUCUUCAGAAUUGGAUUUUAUCUUUUCUGUGGCAACCAUAUUCCAAACAGGAAUUCAUUAACUUGAAAAAGUCAGGUGUGUAACCAGUAAUUAUUUGUGUUAGGUCUGAAUAGUUCAUGACUUUUUGUGAAUAUAAACUAAUUCAUUAUUUGAAUUAAUUUAGGAAAGAGCAUAGUUGACAGAGAGUCAUAGAACAGAACAGUUGUAAAGUUAGGCUUUGGAGCACCUAAGUUCUAAUCUUGACAAUUCUGAGAAUUGUUUGGUACAAAAAUUCUUAACCUAUUUCUGUUCCUUCUCUAUCCAUGAUCUGAGGAUAAUUUGCUGUGCAGAAUGAAACAGUAGUCCUUUGAAAACUUAAGAGAAAAUUGAAGUGUAAUCAUAAUCUGAAAUUCAUUUGUAUGAGGCUGUGAAAGAUCCUACAGACUUUUUCUAUACAAGUCAGCCUUACCAAUUAUAUUUUGCCUGUGUUGAAAUGAAAAAUGUUUGCAUCUCCUAUACACGUAUAAAAAUCAAUAGGAAAAUGUGGUUGGUAAAAGACACGCCAAAAUUGAAAUCGUUAUCUGUUAGAUGGAUAAAUUCAUAAGAGAAAAUGAGAAACGACUGUACUUUUGAAGUAUUAAAUUUGAAGUCAUCCUACCCCAAUUUAAACAUUCUUUUUUUUCUUUUCUUUUUUUGUUUUUAGGUAUGUUGGCUUUUAAAGAGUUAGAGGGUCAGAUAUUUCAAGCAGGGUAGAGGGGUGAGGAGAAAAGUGCAUGUUUAGGAUUCUUCUUCCUACUUUUUCAAGAUUACAGAGUAUUUUAAUAUUUCUGCAAACUAUUCAGAAUGAAUGAAUUUUAUAUAGGGCAACACAUACUGGUUCUGGUUUAUUCGAGUCUACAUGUAGGGUUUGUUGGAAAUAUGAUUGUCUUCUUUUUUUAGAGAAAUAUUUUCCCUUUUUUCUUAUCCAUAAAUGAUUCUGAACUGUUUUGCAGAUUUCCUUAAGUCCAUAGCUUGUAAGUAGUUCAUGGUAUAUACACAGUCUUGACUUACAACUUUAAAAAAAAUUAUGUUACAGAAGUUUAUUUUUUCUAUGGAACUAUCUUUAAAAGCAAGAAAAAUAUUAUAAAUCUUGACCUUAAAAUAUUCUGUUUCUUGUUGUAACAUUCUGGAUAUCUAUUUUGUUUGCAAAUGAAAAUUAUUACUGAUGAUUAGCAACUUGAGCCUGUUAAGAGGAAAUUGCAAAGCCUGAAUACACACACAUUGCCUUAGCCUAUCAGUAGGGGACAUACAUUAAGAAAAUGUGUCUGCCUGUUGCUGUUGUGGGACAAAAUUUUAUGUCUGUGUGUAUGAUUUUUUUUCUAUUAUGUGAAUUAAAUGAAAGUGUGGGAGCCAGUUAAAUUAUUUUAUAUUGUGGGUGUUCUGGAUCCUUUCACUCCAUAUACCAUUUUCUUGUAAGGGCAGCAUUUGCAGACUUGCUAAUGGACUAUAGAGCUGAGCUAUAUUAAUUUUAUACUUGACUCAGGGGAUCAGCUCUGUGAAUGCCAUUGCACAAAGAAAGCAAAUGUUUGCCUUGAUUUUGAAUGUAUCUUUUUAAUGUCUUCUAAAAUAUAUUUGUUUAAUAAUGUAGAUUUGUUUUCUUUUUCUAGUAUCGUAGUAAAUAUUGCUUAGAACUCCCCUGCCCCACCCCACCCCCACUGGGUAGUUUAUAUACUGCCCUUCAGGUCAUGCCAAAAAUGAAUAAAAGUUUAAAUGCCAAAAUGUUUAUGAAACUGCUGUCUAAAUACUGAUUGAUUGCACAAUUUAAAUAAACGUUUUCCUUAGUUAAAAA